GAAGACAGUUGGCUGCACUGCACAUUAUGCCGUUCAGGAAGACAGGGAGUGUCCACUCUAAAUAAGGCUUUGUUGAGGAAGGUUGAAUGGCCAAGUCAAACAAGCACUAUGCUCCAUUCCUCACAGGUAGAUCCAGAAACGAAUCAGAUAGAACAAUAUAAUGUUAAUGAAUACUAGUAGACCUUUUUGCUUAUAUGUUUUGUUUUCCCAAUUGGCCAUUUUCAUGAUGAUGACAUUAUUGACUACAACUACCAAACUACAAAUGAUGUAGAGUUUUACUUUAAUAGAUUUGUUUUUAAUGACAUCACCAAAACAAAAAAUAAUAAUGCACCAAAACUAUGAAACAGAGACCAUGUUGAUGUACCUACAACAUCCUGUGGGGAUAAAAACUUUCUUAUGUAAAAAAUUUCUUUUGUGUCAAGAAAUAUGUUAAACUGCUGACCACGUCAAGGUAAUCAAAAAGCAAAUUAACUUUUUUCCUGACUUGGCUAUGAUUUUUCUGUCAGGAAAGAUUUUUUCCAAAUAUUUGUGAGCUUUUAAACUCAGGGCGCAGCUUAUGUUUGAGUAUGUAUAUCUGCAGUUGUUUAUGUUUAUGUGUUUAGUAAAUGUAUGAUUGAAAACAAACAAACAAACAAAUUCCUUUAGGUUAUUGUAAAUGCAGCUUACAAACAGUCUUGUUUCUUAUUAUUAUUAUUGUUAUUAUUUAGGAACCUCAAGUACACACUACAAUAGAAGAUGCCUUUGACACUGUGUUGCAGUACAUGAAUGUUACAAGUAGACAGUGUAAGGUAAUGAUUUAUAAAGUGGGGUGGAAUAAAGUUUCUGUGUUGUUAUAUAAAGUGGCUUUCAACUGUUUAGAUACUUGCAGGGAAUGGGAGCAGACAGACACCUGGUACUGGAUCAUUAUUGCAGUUGUGAGUUUCGUCAACUGAGUUGAUAAAGUAAAAGGCCACCAAAAAGGGACUCAAGAGCUGAUGUUUAGAGCAGAUCAAAUCAAACGUGUUGUAAAUUUAAAAUGGUCCUAAUUCCUUGUUAUUUUGUUCACUAGCGUUAUUUCAGCUGUAGAUCAAAGGACCAAUGUAAUAGCCAAGACACAGUUCACUGUGAUAGAUUCCAUCAGCCAGAUUACAACAUGGUUACUCGCCGACACCCAGUAAGUUACCAUCACAUAUAUUUGAGGGCAGUUCUAUAAUUUGUAGGUCCCAUCAACACAACCAAAACAUGUUUAGUUUAAUCACGUGAAACUAUGGUCAAAAUAUAGAACUUUCCACAUUUGCCUUCAAAUUACUCCUACUUUUCAGGUUUUGUAUUUCUGUACUGUAACAAUAUAGUUUUAUUUCAACUUUUCAUACCGACAUUUUUCGGGUGUGUUGGACUUAUUGCUGUUUGAGGAGCCCAAGCAAUCUCUGCAAAGAAGGCUCCUGUGUGAUACUUAAUUGCAAAAAUUUAGUCACUCCAUUUAAGCAAACUCCAUGGUUAACUAAUAGUAUUAUUAUAGUCACACAUCGGUUUCCAUAAAAUUUUUUUGAUUGGUGUUGACUUUGGGAUGGAAAGGAACUUUUGGGUUGGAGCAAUUGAACAAGGUAUAUUUCAUUGUUGUGGUUUGAUUCAUGCUGGAAUUUUUUCCAUACAACCUUAAAAGUUCUAACAGUUGAAGCUUUUUGGAUGAACUAUGUGGUUUUACCUAUUUUGACUCAGUUAAAAACAUAACUUUUGAAUUAAUAGUAUUAUUAAUUGAAAAGAAUAAGAAAAACUUAAUUUCCAGAAACCCAGAUUAGACCAAUGAAAAAAUAGUUCCAAUAAGAUAAUAAUAAUAAAUGCCCAUCUGCAAAUUUAACUUUCAGAAAAAAAGGCCUCACAGUAGAUUAACAUCCACUGAGAAAUAAAUGAGCUUCAAUUCAGAUUCAUCUUUCUCCUACAUGUGAAUUGCUGAUUUGUGAUCUCUUUUGAUAGCUCCAGCGACUGGAGGAUGUUCAAGUGGAAGUAGCACCUGGCAGUUAUGCAAUUACCGCUGGUCGUUAUGGUGCACCAAGACAACACACCCACAUUGUCCGUUUGGAGCCAGGACAAACUGUGGACCUUGGAUUUUCAUUAUAA